AUGGAAAGAAGACAAUAUUACCAAGAAAACAACCAUAACUCUUCCAUGGUGGUGCCUCACUCUCCGUGGCACUCUCCGGUUCCUUAUCUCUUCGGUGGUUUGGCCGCCAUGAUGGCUCUCAUCGCCUUCGCUCUUCUCCUCCUCGCUUGUUCUUACUGGCGACUCUCUGGCUCGGCUGAGAGAGACGUCGAGGCAGGAAAUGAUGGCAAAUCCGACGGUGAAACUCACACGGACAAGCCCACGGAGAGGCCGGAGAAGUUUCUAGUCAUCAUGGCCGGCGAUGACAAACCAACUUACUUGGCUACGCCGGUGAAUAGGUCUGACCACAUCUGUACUUGCGGCGAUCAUAAGAAAGAAGUGGGUAUUGAUCAAAAACAGAUCAAUCAUUACGGACUAUGA